GUCAAACCAUCUUGUUUUUUACAUUAAUGGGGUGGGUGAAAGGAGAUAAAAUUAGUUUCAACAGUAAAAAAGAAAAUGAGGGAAUCCGAUGAUAUAGCAGUGGACACCAACAGCAGUACUCCACUGCUUGAAGAAUCAGAGGUUAAAGAUAAAAAAGAAGUAAGUGGAAUGGAGCAGUGGAGAGGAGAGAUUGUUAAGAGCAUCGUAUAUGCGGGCCUUGAAGCCGUUUUCACUUGCUUCUCUCUCAUUUCCUCCGUAUCUGCUACCAAUCUCUCAUCAGUGGAGGUGUUGGCGCUGGGCAUUGCGAACCUCGUUGCAGAUGGGAUAUCGUCGAGCCUUGGGGAUUUUUUGUCUUCCAGCACCAAGGAAGGCUUAGCUAUCAAGGAAAUGGCGGUGACUCAAUGGGAGUUAAAUAACCAUAGAAAGGACCAAGAAGAGCAGCUCCUUCAACAGUACCAAAGCCUUGGCAUGGACCUUAUCGACUCUAACAUGGUGGUGAAUAUAUUCGCCAAGUACAAUGACAUUCUGAGAGACCAAAAAAUGACAGCCCAGAAAGGGGUGAUGCCGCCCGACCAAGGAGGAGAGAAGCCGUGGAAGAACGGCGUCGUAGCUUUUCUGACUUUCGUGGGUUUUGGCGCUGCACCGCUCUUAUCUUUCGUCGUCCUCAAGCCAUUCACGGACAAUGAGUUGGUCAUGUUUAUUGGAGCAUGCUUCAUGUCUGCCAUUGCACUUACCUUUCUGGGUAUAGCCAAGGCCAAGAUUUGUGGGAAAAGGAACUACGUACGGUCGGUGGGUUUUGUGCUUUUAAACGGCGCCGUCGCUGCUUCAGCUGCUUAUUUCCUUGGAUGGAUGUUUUGAUGAAUUUAGAAGAGAAGUCAGAAACAAUAUGGAACAGAACUUAGAGACAUGGAGAAGAUGGAAGCUAAUAUAAGUUAAGAGUUAUAUAUAUAUAUGAAUUUUGUAUAACCCACAUGUUGAAUGUGGAAACUUGUAGAAACAUAUAUAUACGGAUAUAUCAGACAUUUUUAAA